UUAAAAAAAAAUAAAUUCGACAGCGAAAUCGAACUGCAAAAAAAGAGGGGAAAAACAAAAACAAAAAAAGAAAAACUUUAUCAAGAACAAAACAACCACAACGUAUCGAUCCCAAAAUCGCCGAUAUUUACAAAACCCUAAUUUCACAAAUCUAUCUUUCUCUCUCUAUACAUAUAUAUCUAUACUUACAUCUAUAUACGUAUUGCAAUUUCAAUUAAUCAAUUUUAUUGUUUUCAAUUUGUUCCCAAUUUUAUGCCUAAUUAGGGUUAGGGUUUUGAAUUUUUUUUUUUAAAUAAAAAAUUAGGGUUAGGGUUUGUUAAAUUAGAAAUGGAAUGUACGGAAUGACUAAUGGUGGGAGAUGUCAGCGGAGACGGAAAGUGAACGGCGGCGGCGGUUGUGGAACUGAGGAAAAGCAUUGUCCAGUUUAUACUUAUUCCAGGGCUUGUUAUUCUAAGAAUAUAGAUACAGGUAUAGAUACAGGUAUUGAUAAAAGUGAAGGUAAAGAAGGGGAACUGGCUUCAGAAGUUGAGUUAGUGGGAGGUGGUGGAGGUGAUGGUGUGGAUUUUUAUACGCAGGCGUGUAAGGCGUUGUCGAUUGUUUCGCCGUUUGACGUAGAGGAUGCUGGUGGUGGUGGUGUUGGAGGACAGAAGAAGGGGAAUGGGAAUGGGAAUGGAAAUGGGUGUAUGCCGGCAGGAUUGGCGAGUUGUUUGAAUAGGCAGAGUGAUACGCAUAAGAGGAGGAAGAAGAGUUCACAUUUGGGGAGUGAUAGUAAGAAGAAUAAGAAGUCGAGGGAGAAGAGUAAGAGUAAGGUGGGUGGGAUUUGGCUGAAGACUGAGGAGUAUUUUAGGGAAGUUAGUGUUGAGGAUGUUGAAAUGUUGAAGGAGACGGGGUCGGUUAAGGGUGAUGAUAGGUUUGUUACGAUUCCGUGUGUUAGUGGGAAGGAAGAGAUUGAAGGGAAUGAAGGAAAUGAAGGGAAGGAAAGAGUUGAAGCGAAAGAGUGUGGUGGAGAUGGGAAUGAGGUCGAUGGACAGGGGAAUGAGUGUGUUGAGGAGAAGGAUGGCAAUGAGCUUAUGGAUGUAGAUGGUGGAAGUGAAGUAUUACGAAGUGAACCAGAACGAGAGCAAGGGGGUGGUAUUGUUUGUGCAUUACCCGCUGCUCCUCCUCCUGCGGCUGUUUGUUCGUUACCACAAACUACUAGUGGGGUAGAAUGGCUUUUAGGUUCUAGAAGUAAGAUAUAUUUGGCAUCUGAGAGGCCUUCCAAGAAACGGAAACUUUUGGGUGGGGAUGCAGGUUUGGAGAAGCUAUAUGUUGCUCAACCGGUUAAUGAUAAAGGGGCGUCAACAUGCUGUCAUUAUUGUAGCUUGGGCGACACAGGGAAUCAGUUGAAUAGAUUGAUUGUUUGCUCGUCUUGUGGUGUUGCAGUGCAUCAGAGAUGUUACGGUGUGCAACAGGAUGACGAAAAUGGCUGUUGGUUGUGUUCUUGGUGUAGGCUCAAAAGAGAUGGAGAUAAAAGCUCUGAUAGUCACUGUUUGCUUUGCCCAAAGCAGGGUGGUGCUCUAAAGCCUGUGAGGAAGAGAGGUAGUGGGAAUGAUGAUGGUGGUCUUGUCGAGUUUGCUCACUUAUUUUGUUGUCAGUGGAUGGCCGAGGUCUACAUCGAGGACACUAAAAGCAUGGAACCAAUUAUGAAUAUCGAGGGUAUUAAGGAGACACACAAGAAAUUAGUAUGUUCCCUAUGCAAGGUGAAAUCUGGUGCCUGUGUUCGUUGCAGUUACGGAUCUUGCCGAACUUCUUUUCAUCCUGUAUGUGCGAGGGAGGCAAAACAUAGAAUGGAAAUUUGGGGAAAAUUCGGAUGUGAAGAUGUUGAGCUGCGAGCUUUUUGCAUAAAGCAUUCUGAAACCCAACAGGACCUCAUCCAGCAAGCGGAGAAUCUUUCUGCUGACCAGAAGUUAUCUUCCAUCGCAAGUGAGACACAUAAACUAAAGUUUGGACGGAGAACUGGUGAUAAACCUUCUGCCAAUGUAGAAGCAACGGAUCCAGAGAUCGGUAGAUUGGGCGGCAGUGCGUUAGUCGGAGAUGGGCAGUUAAAUACUAGCUCAAACCUUAAAGGUCAAACAGAAUACAUCGAUUGGUCGGAGUUCAAUGGCAGCAGUACUGUUGAAGAUGUUAAAGCGUCUGAUUCUUCUAAUUUCACUCUAGUUCUGAAGAAGCUGGUUGAACGAGGAAAAGUCAAUUUAAAAGAUGUGGCCACAGAGAUGAAUGUUUCUGCUAAUUUGUUGGCAUCAAAUCUUGCUGAUGACUGCUUGCCACCUGACUUGCAUGGAAAAAUUGUUAAAUGGCUCAAACAUAAUGCUCAGGCUGGUGGCUUACAGAAAAAUUUAAAGCUUAAAGUUUUAUCCUCGUGCUUAUCCAAUGGCGAGAAAGAAUCUGGUGUGGAUAAUGCUAUUAGAGCAUCAGACAACAAUGCUGGGAUUUCUCCUGUUAAGGUAGCACCACCUCGGAGGAGAACCAAAAGCAGUAUUAGGCUGCUGAAGGACCACAGUCUUAUAUUGUCUCUUAAAAGGAAUUCUGUAGAUGAUGGUGUUGCGCUGAAUGAGGAUAAUAAUGGUGGGAUUGUUCAUGAAGUGUCUUCUCCUGAUUCCAGGGAAAAGGUAUCGGCUGAAUCUUGUGCAGCUUCUGAUUCAUUGAGGAGCAACAUUUCUGACAAUAAAGGUGAUGCUGUGAGCUGCUCAAGCCCAAGCCAACAUGGUUGUGGUCACGUUGACGGGGUCGCCGGGUCCAAUUGUGACGCCGGGGUAAACUCCAAUUUGGGGAGCGAUGAUUGUUCAGUUGCUAUAAAAGUCGGGCCUGAUGCCAUUACAGCUGAAGCUUCACCUGGUUUAUAUCUACACCCGCUCAUAAAAAAUCAAGUUUUGUCCGAGAUCAAAGCUGAUGAUGGGUGCAAUCACCGAGAUUCAGCCUCUGCUGAGUUGAGUUCUGAGCAUGCCAUGGACCUGGAAAAAACUAAGCGGAUGGAUAUUAUAAAUAUGUCUCCGAUUGAUGAAGUGGAGGGAGAACUGGUUUACUAUCAGCAUCAGCUACUUUGCAAUGCAGUUGCAAGAAAGCACCUAAGUGACGUUUUGAUCUCUAAGGUCAUGAAGUGCCUUCCGCAAGAGAUUGAGGCCCUAAGAAAACAAAACUGGGAUGCUGUCUUGGUGAGCCAGUAUCUUUCUGACCUUCGAGAAGUAAAAAAACAAGGGAGAAAAGAGAGAAGGAACAAGGAAGCUCAGGCGGUGCUUGCAGCCGCAACUGCUGCUGCGGCCGCUUCAUCCAGGCUUUCAUCUGUUAGGAAAGAUACAGUUGAUGAAUUGGCACACCAACAGAACACAAUGAAAAUAAAACCGUUUGCUGGGAGGUCUGCACUUCAGACUCAACAAGCGCUCCGGGCAAAGGAAACACAUCCCAAGUUGUCUGUAACAUGGACUUCACCUGAAAUCAACUUUGAUUUGUCACAAUCAAGUUUGGAAAAUAAAUUACAUUCCAAGGUUUGCGACGUUUGCAGUCGGGCUGAGACGAUUUUGAACCCUAUUAUUGUUUGUUCUAGUUGCAAGGUAGCGGUUCACAUUGAUUGUUAUCGUAAUGUCAAAGAUUCUACAGGCCCAUGGUUUUGUGAGUUAUGUGAAGAUCCGUUGUCAUCUAGAAGCAGGGGAGUUCCAUCUGUAAGUUACUCGGAAAAGCCAUCUCGGGUAGCAGAAUGUAGCUUGUGUGGUGGCACUACUGGUGCUUUUAGAAAGUCAACUAACGGUCAAUGGGUCCAUGCCUUCUGUGCUGAAUGGGUCCUUGAAUCAACAUUCAGAAGGGGGCAAGUGAAACCUAUUGAGGGCACGGAGACGGCCACCAAGGGGAAUGACGUUUGCCUUGUUUGCAGCCGCAGAAUGGGCGUCUGUAUAAAGUGCAAUUAUGGUCAUUGUCAAAGUACAUUUCAUCCUACAUGUGGUAGAAGUGCUGGUUUCUUCAUGAAUGUGAGGACUAAUGGUGGAAAGAUACUCCACAAGGCUUACUGUGAGAAACAUAGCCUGGUGGAAAGGACAAAGGCUGAAACUCAGAAACAUGGUGUUGAGGAAUGGAACUCUUUGAAGAAAGUUAGGGUUGAAUUGGAGAGACUACGCCUGAUCUGUGAAAGAAUUAUUAGACGGGAGAAGCUGAAGCGUGAUUUGGUGCUUUGUUCACAUGACAUGCUUCAUUGGAAUAGAGAGUCGAUAUCUUCAUCUUUGCGGGCUUGUACUGCUUUUGUAUCACCAGAUGUUAGCUCAGAAUCUGCAACCACAUCCCUCAGAGGAGGUUACACAAACAGUUACAGUGAAACCGUCCAAAGAUCCGAUGACAUAACUAUUGACAGCUCAGUUGCUGGGAAAAGGCGUAUAAGAUUUCCUAUGGCCAUGGACAAUGACCAAAAAACGGAUGAUAGCUCAACUUCUCAAAUCUUCACUCAAACUCCUACAGUUAGGCCAAUGCUUGCUGGAAAACAGAUUCCACAUAGACCAUCUGCAGUAUCACGCAGUACAUCUGAUGAUGGGGAGAAGUCUUUCCGGCAUGAGAAGCAUAUCGAAACUUUUGGGAAAGAGCUGGUGAUGACUUCUGAUCAAGCAUCUAUGAGAAAUCAACGAUUACCCAAAGGAUUUGUUUAUGUUCCUAUUCGUUGCCUCUCAAAUGAGGAGGAAACCAUUGCUGUUGCUGGUCCUGCUUCUGAAGAAAAUUCAGGACAAGAGUAGAUACUUGGGUCACUAUCGAAGAAUUAUUCACAGGUUUUUUGAAUGACUUACACAUGUCAAAAGAUCUCAGCCACUGAAACAUCAAAAAGGUUUGCUAUUCAUUAAUAUGGUUGUGCCAAGUAAGUCGUGUUUCUAAUGGUGUUGUAUAUUCAUUGGGAAAAUGAAGAGAAACCUGUACAGUAGUAUCAAUAGUGGCUUUGCUGAUUUGUUGUAGUACUAGAUUUUAUUUUGGUUUUUUACCUUUUCUUUUAGUCGCAAGUUGAAGAACUUGUAAUCUUAUACGAGUCGUAGACAGAUAUUGCAGUGUGUUGUAAAGUUAGUGUACAUAGCACUUACAGAUAGCGCUCAAAGAAGCAAUUGCACAACAUAAAAAAGAGAGCAUUUGAAAUA